AUGCAGCAGUGUUGGCUUCUUGCCGCGCCAAAUUUCAAUACGACGCUUUCUUCUCUCCGCCUCUUCUGCCCCAAAUUGGACAAGAAGCGACUCGUUUCGUCUUUAGAUGAGCGGCUUUGUUAUGAAAAUUGUUGUUUGAAGAUGGGCAUUGGUGGUGUUAAGGAAUUUUGUCUUCUUGUUUUCUCCAGGAAUCUACUAUCAUUUUUCUCCUGUUUAUUUUCGCGAAUUUUGUUUCGUUGUCUUUCAUCCUUUCUCACCUUAUACGAUUCUCCCGUCUGUCUGUUAUUCCUUUCCGCUUUCCAUCUAUUUUUGUUAAUUAAAAUCUUCUUUUUCUGUCCUUCCUUCUCCAUUUCUUUCUUUCCUUUAUUUCCCAUUACUUUCUUUUCUUUCCAAUGUCUGUAUUUUACAGAGUCGUUCAUCCUUCGGCCUUUUCUGUUUUCCUUAAUGCAUUAUUCCCUUGUCUUUGUCCACGCAUUUAUGUAUGUUUCAUUUUUUUUUAUCUCCACAUUCUUUGUUCUGUCUUUUGUUCAUCUGUAA